CGGAUCGAGCGACUUCGACGAUGGAGACGGCGACGGCGACGGGGACUCCUCCUUGUGCAGGUCUAAUGGCCGAGAACAAAGUUUAUGUCACUGUUUUCUUUGGAGGUAAGUUUCAAGUUGGAUCGCCAUUGGAAUACGUAGGUGGAAGGGUUGAUGUUAUCGAAAUAGGCUUAAAUAAUGGUUCAUUGUCCAAUAUAAUUGAAGCUAUUGAGGCUUUGAGUGUGCGUGAAAUAGAGAAACUCUUUUACAGAGUUCCUGGAAGUACAACUCUUAAAGACGGGCUAACUUUUAGGUAUUUAUGGGAUAACUCUGAUGUGAUAGAUCUAUUUUAUCAUCAUCUGCGUUUUGAAAAUAUUGACCUAUAUGUUGAGCAUGUUGAUGAUGAAGAGACGAAAACUGAAAUGGAAAUUGGAGGUCUGUAUAAUGUGAUUGGGAAUAUUGAUGAUGACGAGAAUUAGCUUGAGGUUGCUAAUAGGGAUCUAGAUGAGGGGGAGGAUGAUGAUGCAUGUAAUUUGGUGGAUGUGGAACAAUUGAGUGACGGUGAUGAUUUUGAACUGGCU